CUCUCUCCCUUGCUUACUCCCCUUGCGUGCAUUCUCUUCGUCUUGUUCGUCUCGUUAGCUCCCUAACGAAUCCUUUUAGAGUUCUUUUGGUGCAGUUUGGGUGCGGUUUCGGUUUAGUUAGUCACAGGAGGGUCGGCGUCGGAGGUUGCGAGAGCAAGUGCAGCUUCAUUUUUUUUUUUUUUUUUUUCUUCUUUUUUCGUUUCCGCUGCAUUGGCCUGCUUUCCUUGUCGUGAUAGGAGCUUCGCAAGAGCAUCUUGAGGCGCGGUGUAGCUGCGAGCAUUAUUUGUUCCAUCGGGGCUCUUGUACUGAGGUGCCGGACUUGCGAGCGUGGCAUGCGUGUUGGUGCAUGCAUUGACGUUCGUGCUACUGCAGUGCUUCGUGGUCGCCUUAACGAGUUCCUGGGUGGAGGUUGUGCUUACGCCGAGGUUUUCGUCUGUUGUAGUUAGCCGUGGAGUCAUUAAGGCUUGGUAGGUUGCUCUCCCUUCUCUACGUGACUCGGUUUUAGGGCCAAACUGUUUCAGACGGUUGCUUUGCCGUUUCGGAUUUGGAAAAUCUUCCUAAUAGAGGGAGAUUUGGGGUGGUUUCUUCCUGGCCUCUACGGAAAAUAAGAGGCUUUGAAUUUGUAGGCCAUCUGUGUGACGUCAAGUUGCGAGGACGGCUAUGGCUGCAAACUGAAAGUGGUCGAGGAGAGGUUAGAGACGGGUAGGGACGAAUUUUUUUCCAUGCAACGAACAUGUUUCGAACUGCAAGGGUAUAGUUGAAUGAAACAUACACAAAGUGUGCAGUCUUGGGCUAGAUCUUUUUUGGGGAAAUCUGUGAUUAUGGCGAGGAUAGUGUGCUUGAGCGGAGCGUAGGGUUCUUAUUUUAGCUCGCACGAGCCGAAGUGCGGACAUACUUUAAUCGUAGAGGAAGUGGCAGCGUCUCAAAUACUUGCAAAGAUGAAGAAGAAACUGGACACACGCUUUCCAGCUGCACGGAUAAAGAAGAUAAUGCAAGCCGAUGAAGAAGUCGGGAAGAUCGCCAUGGCGACACCAGUAUUGAUCUCUAAAGCGUUGGAGCUUUUUCUUCAGAAUCUAUGUGAUAAAACCUAUGAGAUAACUCUCCGAAGGGGUGCCAAAACUAUGAGUUCAUUCCAUUUGAAGCAGUGUGUACAGACAAAUAGCGUUUUUGAUUUUCUACAAGAAAUUGUUUCAAAGGUUCCAGAUAUUGGCACAGAGACAACCUGUGACGAAAGGAAUGGUGGAAGGAGAAGAAAGCAAUCAGAUGGAGACGACAGUGAUGAAGAGGAGGUGGUGAAGCGGCCGAAAUCGGAGGACCAAUCAACAUCAGGUAGGGGCCGGGGCCGAGGGCGGGGCAGAGGCAGAGGCAGAGGUCGAGGGAGAGGGUCAAAUGGUACUCCGAGCUCUCGCUCCAACGGGGUCGAGAAGGCAGAAGAUUCUGAAGAUGCUGAGAUGGACACAUAUUCACCAUCCCCCGAUCGUGAAAAUGUAAUUUUAGACCCCAUAGUUCAUAAACCUAGGCCGAAAUCGGAGGAGGCUGCCGCCCGAGAUGCCAGUCCCACUUCAUCUGGCCAUACGAAGUCUCCAAAAUUACUCGGAUUUGAUUUAAACAUGGAUUUAGAUGAAAAUGGUGAAGUAGCUGCCGGAGCUGAUGAAGCGACGGUUAACGAGGAAGAAGUAGAGCAUGAUGGGUCGAAUGUACCGACACAGGAUUUGGAUGUAGAUAGUGAGAAUGUCUUAGGGGGCACAUUACAUUUACAAAGGAGCGAACUGCGCCCCUCUCUGCAUCCCGAUGAGGACGAUUACGAUUGUGAAGAUGAAGAUGAAUAUAAUUGAACUGAGUUACUGCACGCGAAGGGGAGGCGACCUGUAUUGAUUAACUCAUUCGAAUACCAAUGAGGACAACUGAUGAAACUGGAAAGCUCGCACGUCUACAAUUCUGGCGAUUUUGCCUCUCAAUUUCUCCGAAGGGCUAACGCGGCGGUCGACAGUACUUGGCUCUUUGUGCAUUUCGUACACAUUAUGAAGAGCUGAUGCCUCGAAUCCUGCUGCACUGCGAAGUGAAUUCGAAGUAUCAGAUGCUCGACUGCAGCUGGGCCAUCUUGUCCGAACCCAUGAAUCGGAUUCCCACUGUGACGAUUGGACGCUGUGGUGCCUCUGGAGCGCAAAGGAUGGUGUAGCCAUUUUCUGCUUCGAAAUGAAGAAGGGGGCACCCCUGAUCUUUUGACCGGGUGCGAAUGCAGACAAGACACAGAGAUGCUUGUCAGAAAAAGAAGCGAACAAGAAACAAAAGGGGCCAGCGCAGGGCCCCUCGGGGACUGUUGGAAGAGGUUUCUUUGGCAGUGUCCGUAUGUUGGAGCUUGUGUGAUGGUCUCAUGAAUGCGCUGAUCUCUUGCAACCCACUGCGACCCAACACGCAGAAUGGUGCCAAAGGUGAAUGUUGUAUUAGUGUAUUUAUGUGUACAUACACAGAUGGAAUUCCUCGCUGUCUAGUAUGAAAAUAGCACAAAUUAAAAGGGUUUGGUUAUGUCCUUUGGUUUAUCUUUUGGUGCGGUAUUCCUCACAUGAAAAUCAGAAUCUUUCUUAUUUA